UCAUGCGCAUCUAAACUAGUUCAGGUGUGCUGCUGCUGCUCACCUGUCUCACUUUUCAUCACUUCCGUGCCACCCUGGGUGAGUUUCUCCGGAGGAGCCAGAGGAGAGGAGGCAUCAACAUCAACAGUUCCAGAGGAGGAAGAAGCCUCGAGCUGCAGGACGGUGAGUCCAGGCUCCAUUAUUCCUCAGGUACAUCUGGGUGAAGUUUUUCCCUUUGCCAUGACAGAGUUUGGUUCUUAAAGUUAAGGCUGUCUAAAGAAAAACUCCACAAUAUUUGACCGAUGAAAUAAUCCAGAAACAACCCAAGGACUGCAUGAGAGAAACCUAAGAGGUCGACUACAAACGGCAGUGCGUUAAACAAGAAGGUCCUAAAGCAAAGGGAUACAAAAACAGAUAACCAACAUCUCAGUAAAGACAACCGAAAAUCCAGCAGACUCUUUUCUUGACUUUCCCCCAAAGCUCAAUGCUUUACUGAACAUGUGUCAUAAAGGGAGGUCAACACACAAGCGAAGAUGAACCCUUAUGUCACGUCACACUUCAGGAGGGAUCUCUUUCCCCAUUUCCAUUUGUUGUAGACUUUUGUAUUCCCUGCUGUUGCUGGUUGAAUGAAAUAGCUUAUUCUAUAUUUGUACAGUUAUAGCAGUAGCUCUUUUGUUUUUCAGUUCUCUGUGUACUCACCACAGUACAGGUUUGAUUCUGUCUACUGCUCCAAAGAGGAUGCAGGUACAUACUUGUAAGGAUUCAGUGGUAGAGUUCUCUGGAAAUGGUUGGGCAAGGUAAUUACUAACUCUACAAGCAUAUCUUUUCAAUUGCAGAUAUAUUUGCACAAUUUUUUUUUGCUUUAUUAUAUCUAUGGGUGUUGCAUGCUCAUGCAUGUUUUUUGUUAGAUUGUUUUUUUUUUUAGCUUUUCGCAUUGCAUCAGCAUUUGAUAAUCUUCUAUUUUGUUUGUGGAAUCUCUCUCUGAUGUCCAGGUAGCCUUUUGUGAUCUGGUUCAGAGAUGAUGAGUAAGAGACGACAAUCCACAAAUCCAGUUACGCUCUCAGCACCUCUCAGCUCUUUGGCGCCCAACAUGCCAGAAAAAUAUAGAUAACUCCCUAAGGUGACCUGUGUACUUACCUUUUCCCUCCAUAUGAAUCUUCCACUUAAAGCUAAAAACACAAGUAGUGUUGGAGAUAGAUCAAAGUAAACUCUCUGUCUUUUGUUUUCUUCCCUUCUUUCUUAUCUUUUGUCAGGCGUAGGCGAUUUCUCAGCCGUAAUGCUGAGCUGUUAUGAGGUAUGUCUGCUCUGGGAGACUAACUGUUGCAGGUGAUUGCUAACAGCCGAGUAGUUUGGGUCAAUAAUAUUCAGUCAGUAAAAUAAGUCUUCAACAAAUUGGACAAUGGCCAUCAGACAGAUGUGCAGACUCUUAGAAAGAAAAUGUGAAAUUGUUAAAGCAGUGACAUGAUUGAACAGGAAAUGGCAAACAAAAUAUGGUUCUAUCAGUUGGGACCCUCUUGUUGGGCAAAGGUGACAUUUCCUUGACAAUUUAAUACUUAAUUGUGUGUACUAUAUUCAAUGCUUUAUCCAAGACAUAUUGGCAUUGAAUGAUGAUGGUAGGCGUUUGAUGUACUGAAAGUACUUUACUCUUUGUUUCCUCAUGCCCAUACCAAGGGGUUGUGAAACUGGAGAGAACUUGGAUCGUAAGAACUGGCAUGUUUUCUUUUUCUUUUUUGACUGCAUGCUGGAAAUGUUUUUAUCAUAUCGUCCCAUUUUAAGUUAAUUUGGAGCAUUUGUCUGUCUUGUAUGCAUCUUGUCACAAUAUUAUAGAAGGUAGCGAGCUGUGUAUCCUCUGUUUCCAUCUCCAUCCUCCUACUCCAUUGCAUUAUCAGUUUAUAGUUUUUAUCAAUUGAUGCCUGCUUGAGGCUUCCCUUUUAUUGUUUUGAACUGAGCAGAACCAAUCCUGCAUGCUUUUGUGAUGUAUGUUGAGGUCAAUCCAGUCCUACCUCUCCUCGUCAAAAGAAUUCUUGCAAAUUGGGGGUCACAGAAAUAGACUCCUUGGGCUGCUGCUGACAUCCUUCUUUUCAGCUCACCUCACUCAGUGUGUAUGAUUUAAGGACAUUGUCUGUUAAUGAAUGCACCCAUGGACCGACUUCAAGAAAGACCACUAUCACUGAAAAGAUAGACUCUACUGGGAAACAUCAUUAUAAAUUGGGGAAAGUAAGUGACUGAUCAAUGGUCUUGGAGGGAAUUAACCUCUGGUUACCAUUGGCCACUAUGGACUUGCAAUUAUCUCUUCAUUAAGAAGGACUGAAAGACUGACUGUGUUGUUAGCACCACACACUUAAUUGACUGUGUCAAGGUGCUUAAUUGCCAAGUCAACAAUCAAAUCAAGGCACACUGACGAAUACAGAGGACCAUAAGAGACUUUAUAGUACAUGAUGGGAGCGGCACGUGUGAAACGCCGCUUCAGUGCUGUGGUGGACGGGCCAGUUGAUGAGGAGGAGGUCAUGAGGCUGGCACAGAGUGCGGCAGACACGGCUCUGGCAGAGGGGAGUCCAACGGGGUCAGGGACCCCAACCAGCCCCUCCCCGACCCAUGCCCUGAACGGCAUAACUCUCCAGAUCAACACCAACAAUGCACGGAGGCAGAGCGCCAUCGGAGUUGGGGGAGACGCAGGAGAAGGUGGGGUGAGAGCAGGAGGAAUGUGCUCAGGACCAAGGAGUGGAAGAGGCAGUAGUGUAGGAGGAAGAGGAAAAGGCCGAUCAUCCUCGGACCAGGAUUCUCUCUCUUCCCCCUCCACUACCAACCGCCGGCGCGCCAGGCGCUCAAGCCGCCGGCCCCGACAACGCUUUGUGGGCAAGGACGGACGCUGCAACGUCACCUUCGUCAACAUGAGCGAGAGGGGCCAGCGCUACCUCAGCGACCUCUUCACCACCUGUGUGGACAUCCGCUGGCGCUGGAUGCUGGUCAUCUUCACCCUCUCCUUCCUUCUCUCCUGGCUGCUCUUUGGAUUUGCCUUCUGGCUCAUUGCCUUAGCGCAUGGGGACUUCUCCAUUCGGCUCCCCCCCAGCUCAGGUUCCUCUCCGGGAUCAGGAGAGGCCGGGUCUGGAGGAGAGUCUGAUAGAGAAGCAGUGGCUGAGGAGCCGUGCUUCUUCCAGGUGAACAGCUUCAUGGCGGCCUUUCUAUUCUCCUUGGAGACGCAAACAUCCAUCGGUUAUGGCUUCAGAAGCGUGACCGAGGAAUGUCCCCUGGCAGUGAUGGCGGUCAUUUUGCAGUGCAUCGUGGGCUGCAUUAUUGACGCCUUCAUCAUCGGGGCAGUCAUGGCGAAGAUUGCCAAGCCCAAGAAGCGCAACGAGACACUGUUGUUCUCUGACACAGCGGUGGUAGCACUGAGGGACGGGAAACUCUGCAUGAUGUGGAGGGUCGGAAACCUACGCAAGAGCCAUCUGGUAGAGGCACAUGUUCGAGCACAACUACUGAAGCCAAGGGUGACAGAAGAGGGAGAGUUCCUCCCGCUGGACAAUAUGGACAUCAACGUGGGCUUUGACACUGGCACCGACCGCGUCUUCUUGGUCUCGCCAGUGACAAUUGUCCACGAGAUCAACGAUGAGUCGCCCUUCUUUGAGAUCGACCGAAAGACCCUGGAGAAUGACUCUGAAUUGGAGGUGGUGGUCAUACUCGAGGGCAUGGUGGAGGCCACAGCCAUGACCACACAGUGCCGCAGCUCCUAUCUGGCUUCUGAAAUCCUCUGGGGACACCGAUUCGAACCAGUGCUCUUCGAGAGGAAAGACUGCUACCAGGUGGACUACUCGUUCUUCCAUCGGACAUAUGAAAUCCCGAACACACCUUCGUGCAGCGCUAAAGAGCUGGCCGAGCAGAAGUACAUUCAAAGCUCGCGCUCGUCGUUCUGCUAUGAGAACGAAGUCGCUCUGCAGCUCGUCUCCCCUGAUGACGAGCCCGGCCCAGACCCUGAGUGUCCCUCCCCACCGACCCGAAGGCAAUCACUGGCAGAACAUCUCCACUAUAACUGAGCCUGUGGCAUAGGAGGCCUAAAGGGAAAAAAGACAAGAAGUUGACCCAGUGGUUUAGAGGAAGAACAGGCAAAACGAGAGGGUUAGACAGGUAGGAAUGGGCAGACCAAGACAGACAGGAUUAAAAGCAGAUAGGGCCAGGAUAAAGGACACGAAGCGCUGAUUGGACAGGAAAGAAAGUCCAGAAUAGAAGCAAGUCAAGAGAUCCAUUAAAUGUUUGCAAGAUUUAGGAAAGUACUACUAUACACAUUAGAUUGCACAGAGAAAUAAAAAGGAAAUGAACAGAUAGAGAGACAGUGGGAGCUUUUGGGUCAGUCUUUUGGGGAGAAGGGUUACUACACUGGCUUAAUUGUCUGAUUGGUCCUGGCAAUCUUUCAGGAUCAUUGAAAACUCGUCUGCUAAGUCUCACAUCUGGUCUGUCACCACCACAACACGCCCAUCUGGCCCAUCUAAUGCCUGACUGGCAGAAUAUACAGCAGCACCCCAUGGUGGCUCUACCAUGCAACUGCACCUCCAGUUUUCUGACCUGCGGACAUUUCUGACCUGAAAUGAAAUGAAUAGUAGUGUACCUUCUGAGGUACAACUCAGGAAUGUCUUCCACUAUGAUGCUGAUUUAUCAUUUAAUGUUUUAUUUUUCGUAUGGUAAGUAUGGAUAGUGCACAUCUUGGUGGGGGCUGUUGAGAAUGUAGUUGAGUAUUAGGCUAUAGGCUACUUGUAGAGCCAAAGCAGAGCAACAGUAACAUGGAGAAACGGCUGAAAACUAGCAGCGAUUUUGAGCAGUUUUUCUAUGUUACGUACUGUAUGUUGUUUGUUUUUUUGGCUUUUUUUCUAUGUGUCCUUCAAAAAAAUGUUCACUGAUUGUAACAUUUGUUUCAUUUAAUCUAAAAUUUUGUGUUGAGUUGAAUGCCAUGUGGUCAGAGGAAGCGUUGUAGUGUUUUCCAACACGUUCUCAUCCCAACUUGUCAUAACUGACGCUUUGUCAUUUUGGUCGCAGUAAACACAUGCUUAAUGUCGUGAAUUAAACAAAACUACUAUAGUUAGCAUACUUGCCAGCCCUCCCGAUUUUCCCGGAAGAUUCCCUUUUUUCAUUGCCCUCUCCCAGUUUCCCCCCAUGGUCACAAUUCUUCCAUGUUUUUCAUGAUUUACACACAAAUUUUCACACCUUUUUUCCUUUUUGUUAUCUCAACCUUUUUCUGGCAUUGUACAGCAUGUAUAAGCCCUACUGUUUCCAUCUGGACAACAAUACAGCUACACCACAUGUUGUUUCCUGGCGGAAGAGACCUGCGCACAACCGCUCGCUACUCAACAGUUUGAGCUGUGCUCGCCACUGGGUUCACCAGGACCCCCAGACCUCUCCCCCCCCCCUUUGGUUUCAAAAUCCCCCCUAUUUUUGAGGUCUCAAGUUUGGCAAGUAUGAUAACUAGGUUUAGGACAAAACAGCAUAGUUGGGCUUAAAACCACUAUGUUACAGUGAAAAUUACUCUGAAUGUUGGGAACACGGGACACACAGGACAUGAACAACGGUCUCCUGGAUGAAAGCCUUUUGUUUCUUGGACCCAUCCACCUCCCCUCCCGCCCGCCCUGUGUCUCUUUCACUCUUUAAACUACGUCACCACAGCUCUUUCCCUGAGCGCUUAAUAUUGACCCGUAUGGGUUUAUAUUGUACUUAAUGGAAAGCCUGAUGCGUCUCGUACCGAUGCUAAAGGGUGCCUUUGGUGUCAGAAUCGAACGCCGACGGCUGUGACAAGGCGUUGGUAUUUGACACCCUGGGAAUGAGAACGGGCUGUGUUUUCAGACUACUGCAGUGAUACACAAUGACAGAUGAUGCUGGCUGUGUCCAGACUAGUUAAUUACUAUACAUUCUUUCUUGCACUACGAUCUACAGUAUCUUCUCAUGUCCCGUGUUGCUAAAAUCAACCACACUGUAUUGUUUUGCUCUGUUGCUUUUGGAUUGUAGUACUUAGUGACUGACAUUAUAAUCUUGUAAGUGUCUUGGCACUUGGAAGAUGGAAGAUGGUUUGGACUGAGACCAAGGUUAAAGGGGGUUGCUGUCAUUGACUGUCAACGCACAGGAGGCCUAAAGUCACCUCCAACAUCACUAGAACAUAACUGAACUGAGGGGGAGAGGUAUUGUGAUGACGGCUUGCCGUUUCUGAAUCUCUGAGAGAUAAAACAUCUGUCUAACACCUGCACAAGCGGAUGAGGAUUGAACUGGAAACUACACCACGUUCAUAGAAAACAAUUCUGUAUUUCUGUGCCCAUAAAAUCACGUGACACCCUGA